GAUUUGUAUUCCCUUUAGGAGUGGCUCUUGAGAAAGGUUUAUGUCGUCUUUACAAUAAGAUGACAUAUCCACCCCUGGUUGCCCUGUUUUCAUUGGUUGGGACUAGAUUGUUGUCUUUGUUCCCACUGUGUGCGUGGAUAGAGGUGGACGCCGGUGGACAAAUUGAGCGUCCCCAGGAUGGAGGGAACUCGGCGGGGUUUAGGACCCGGCGGAACGCGCGGUACAAUAGAGCCGUUGUGCCGUGGUGGUGGAGGAGGACAGAUCGCAGCUCUGGAGAUUCCCAGUCAGGGGGACACACAAAAACCAUCAUUGAACCCGCAGCCAGGAGCAGAGACCCAGUUUGCAGACUGUGUGUGUGUGUGCGCGGGUGGACGUGGCGGAACCGAAGCGGACAGCAGCGCGUGUACCGGAGGAAGGGAGUUGAGCAGUUAAGGGUUUAUUUUCUAUCAGAGGAAACCACUAGCAUGCUUUUCAACUUGAAAUUUAUGGAUGUUACAGGAUGAAACGUCUCAGGUCCUCAAGCAGCAGCGACAGUUCUGACAAUGAGAGUCCCUCAACCUCCUUCUGCUCGUCCAACAAGUAUGGCGGCAAACCUGAAACCCCCGCCUCCAACCCGAAGAAACCGGCUGAAGUGUUCAGAAAAGACCUGAUCAGUGCCAUGAAGCUGCCAGACUCGCACCAUGUGACCCCAGAGGACUACUACCUGCUGGCAGACACCUGGAAGCAGGAGUGGGAGAAGGGAGUCCAGGUCCCUGCAAGUCCAGACACCAUCCCAGAGCCGUGUGUCAGGAUUGUUGUGGAGAAGCCCAAGGAAGUCCUGUACACCCACCAGAGGAAGUACAUCCAGUGCUCUUGUCAGGAGUCAACUGAACCAGGUUAUGUCAACAUCAAGGAGCUGGCAGAGGCCAUGUGUCGCUACGAUCUGGAUGACAUGGACCUUCACUGGCUGCACGCACUCAACCGAGAGCUUGACCGCAUGGGGGAGGAACCCAUAGAUGAGCUGACGAUGGAGCGCACCCUGGAAGCCCUGGAGAGGCAGUGCCAUGGCAACAUGAAGCACGCCAUCGAGACAGUGGAGGGUCUGGGGAUCGAGUACGACGAGGACGUUAUCUGCGACGUGUGCCGCUCCCCGGACAGCGAAGAGGGGAAUGACAUGGUGUUCUGUGACAAGUGCAACAUCUGUGUGCACCAGGCCUGUUACGGCAUCGUCAAAGUGCCCGUUGGAAACUGGCUGUGUAGGACGUGCGUCCUCGGCAUCGACCCGCAGUGCCUUCUGUGUCCCCAGAAGGGCGGUGCCAUGAAGGCAACACGUGCCGGCACCAAGUGGGCCCAUGUGAGCUGUGCCCUGUGGAUACCAGAGGUGAGCAUCGCGUGUCCUGAGAGGAUGGAGCCCAUCACCAAAGUCUCCCACAUCCCACCCAGCCGCUGGUCUCUCAUCUGCAGUCUGUGUAAACUGAAGACCGGUGCAUGUAUCCAGUGCUCUGUAAAGAACUGCACCACUCCUUUCCAUGUGACAUGUGCCUUCGAGCACAGCCUGGAGAUGAAGACCAUCUUGGACGAAGGGGAUGAGGUCAAGUUCAAGUCUUUCUGCCUCAAGCACAGCAAAUGCAAACCUGGGGAGGCCAGCCUGAGCCCGGCACGCUCCAAACCCCCCAUAGAGGUGGUGAAGGUGGGCCAGCGGGCGCAGAGACUACAUGAGCUGGAGGAGGAGUUUUACAGUCUGAUCCAGCCGGACGAGCUGGCGCGGGCCCUCGGGCUCUCUCAGCGCUUGGUGGACUUCAUCUACCAUUACUGGAAACUGAAGAGGAAAGGGAGCUUUAACAAAGCUCUGCUGCCCCCUAAAGAGGAGGAGGAGAACCUGGUGCUGCAGCCUCAGGAGGACAGCAUCCACACACGCAUGCGGAUGUUCAUGCACUUGCGACAGGAUUUAGAGAGGGUGAGGAAUCUGUGUUACAUGGUGAGUCGGCGGGAGAAGCUGAAGCUGCUGCAGAGUAAAUCCCAAGAGCAGAUGUUUAACUUGCAUCUGCAGCUAAUGAACCAGGAGCAGUCUGCUGGCCUUCCUGCUUCAUUCCCAGUGGAGAGUACACUGUUCCGUCCUCCUCCGCGGAUUACUCUAAAGCUAAAAAUGCCCAAAGCUUCAAAUCUUGGAAAUGGUCAUUGCAGUUCCAAAUCUGGUAAUGGGCCAUUGUGUCCGGACAAUAGGGGUAAUGUUUCAGAAUACACAGGUGAGGGGCUUGGUCAGGGUAAACCUCAAAUGCACGGCCGUGUCCGGCGAGACGAGCGAUCCAACGGCCGACUGGCUUCCUCGAGCCACUCCAUUAACCCAACGCUGCCUGUUAAACCAACCGGCAAACCGCUAUCCCUACACGCUGCACUCCACGGCCACUCGUCCAACAGCAACGGCAAGCUGGAGCAAGACCGAGCAAAGUCUAACGGCCGCCUAGAGAAGUUUGCGGCCCAGAGGGACAGCUCCUGCCAGACUCCCAUUCACCAGGACGCCUCAAACGACAAGAGCAGCUUUCGUAAGUCUGCCAUAGAGCACUUCGGCAGGUCAUUCAAAGAGGCAACCAUUAACCUGGUACGGACCACAGAGGACCUGAGGGCCUCUGACAAACUGUCCCGCAAAGCGUCUUCCAAGGAGCGACUGUGGGCUAAACCCGUGUCUGAACACAAGGUGAAAAGCGGGCGAUCAUACCAGGACAGUGACGGAUACUGUCCCGACCUGGAGCUCAGUGACUCAGAGCCAGAGGCCAAAGGGCGGCACCAACGGCAGGUGGACACUCCAAGGGAAGGGGUCAGUCGGGGGAAACAGUCGCUGGGCUCCCGGCACCCCAUGCAAAGGUGACAGCUGUGUUUUCUUUCUUUUUUUUGUUAUUGUUGUAGUUUUUUUACUCUUCUCACUGCCACCGAUGUCUCCCGACCCUCUGGCAGACUUCCUAAGUGCCAGGCUGCCUCUCUGAACACAUUUCAAUCAGGGACCAGACCAAGACCCAGCGCUCACGUUGCUGUUCGCUCGAACCAGAAGAUGUUUGACGGGUGUUGUCGUUGAUAGCGGCCCAGUAGAGUUCACCGAGAGCGUAGCUGUUACAGUGUUGAUUUAACAGGAACAAAUCUGUCUUCUGAGAUUAUCAUGCUUGCCUUUUGUUUGUGGCCAGCAUCACAUUUUGUAUUAAACAGCCCUGUUCCCCUGUACACAGGCUCAAUCUGCCUUUGACUAAAACUGUUGUACAUAUGUUGUUCAAAUUGGGAUGUAAAUGUUGUGUUACUGAAACACAUGUUCCACUUAAUUGAUCCUUCACUGUCACUGUGGCCAGAUAUUAAAACUGAAACGGCUAAUGGGAAUCCUGUAGAGAACUCCAGCAUCUACUCCACCUGUUUCCAUUGUUUUCCUCAAAGGUGACUGACAUGGUGGUCUUUACAAUCGUUAAAUAGUGGAGUCAUGUGAUUCUUAAACAUGAAUGCCUUUUGUGUAGGAUUACACUUUCCCACAGUGAGAACCUUCAGUUUUUGCAGGUGGUAAAACAAUCAGGUUCUUGCCUAUAAGGGAGAAAAUGCCAGAAAAUAUAACUGCAUCCAUCGGGAAUGACUUGAAACUGGAUGAAUAAAGGCAAAGACUGAGUACAGCUCUUUCCUUAGAUGGUAACAUGAUCAGCCUUUAUCACAACUGUAUUAUUUUUAUUGAAAAUUGAGGAGCUUGCCAAAUAUGAACCAAUUUUUAAUACAAAAAACUUUAUUUUAUUUAAUAAAAAAAAGCUGAACGUCUCUAAA